AUGGACAACUUCAUCACCUAUCUUUUCCCUGCUAUUGUGGCAGGUUUGAUUUAUCGGUUAAUCAUUCGGAGACCAAAUUCUGAGCUAUCCCUUAAGGGCUACCAAAAGCUGACGACCAAUGGAGCCUCAAACAUGCAUGACGAGUAUGACGUGAGAUAUACCAAAUCAGCAAGUACACCAGACGAUUCACAGACGAAUAAAUGGAAGGUGAAAGCACUUUUUAUCCAUCCCAUCAAAUCGUGCGCCCCGGUUGAACUCUCCUCUGCAGAUGUUGAUGCGGCAGGCUUCACGUGGGACCGGAAGUUUGCAUUUGCAGAACUCUUGAAACCUCAGACACGUCUCGAUGCAUCAGAAGCCGAGAAGAAAGCCAAAUGGACCUUCCGAACUCAGCGGACGCCAGGUCUCGAGAAGCUUGCAAAUGUAAAAUCGGAGAUCUGGCUAGCUCCUAAAGGUCACAACCAAACUUCAACGGGUCUUGAGAGCGCAGGAUUUCUGGUUGUCAAGUAUCCUUAUACUCCAUCAGGCAUCCUCGCUCCCGUGUUGCGGAUUCUCCUUUCACUGGGCUUACUACCAGUAGAAACAUCUUUCCGCGUUCCACUAAACCCCCCACAAGACCAUCAAUAUCCCAUAGAACAAGUCACCAUCUGGCGAGAUAGUCCAAACUGGCUGAACUAUGGUGUUCAUGUUCCAGUCAGCCUUAGCGCGUAUUUGGGAGUUAGCAAUCCCUUGACCCUGUUCAGGGUUGAACCAAAAAGCUAUCGGGAGGUAUACCGCUGCGCACCUCGCCGAGAGAAUCUAGGAUAUCAACCGGUUGUGGGUUUCGCAGAUGCAUAUCCUGUCCACCUACUAAACCUUUCAUCGGUUCGUGAUAUUGGGGACAAAAUCAAGACCGCGAUUCCUCGCUUUUCAGCGAAACGAUUCCGGUCAAACAUUCUGGUUGUUGGACCCAAUGCAUAUAACGAAGACGACUGGAAAAAGGUCAGGAUUGGUGACCACGUUUUUUACUGUGCCUGCCACACAGUUAGAUGCCGACUACCAAACGUCGACCCUGAUACUGCUGAAAGACACCCCGUUGAACCUGACAAGAUUCUAAAAUCCUUUAGAUGUAUUGACGAUGGAGAUCCUCUCAAUGCAUGUCUUGGACUUCAACUAGUACCCGCUGAAUCCCAGACUUUUCAACUGAAGAUUGGGGACGAGAUCGAGGUUUUGGAAAGAGGUCCCCACCACUAUAUCAAGCAAUAA